AUGGCUCACUGUGCGGCGGCUUCUCAGAUUGCCUUUGCUGUUCCAGUUGGGAGCGAUUCUACGCUCAGGAAAUCGGUGCUCAAGACAAGCAGCAUCAGCUUCAGUGACAGGUCAUGGGCUCCCGCUCUGUCACUGGAUUUGAAAUCGAACAAAAAUGGUCGAUUGCAAAGUCAAAACGUUGUGUGUAUGUCAGUGCAACAGGCUAACAAAUCUAAAGUGGAGGUUGCACCUGUGGAACUCGAGGAUGCUAAAGAUCCCCCUCUGAAUCUGUACAAGCCUAAGGAGCCUUACACGGCCACCAUUGUGUCGGUUGAGAGGAUUGUCGGCCCCAAAGCUCCCGGAGAGACCUGCCAUAUUGUCAUUGAUCAUGGUGGCAAUGUUCCAUACUGGGAGGGACAAAGUUAUGGUGUAAUACCACCUGGUGAAAAUCCUAAGAAACCUGGUGCUCCCCACAAUGUUCGACUAUAUUCAAUUGCAUCAACUAGGUAUGGAGACAAUUUUGAUGGAAAGACGGGCAGCUUAUGUGUUCGUCGUGCUGUAUAUUAUGAUCCUGAGACUGGGAAGGAGGAUCCUUCAAAAGCUGGUGUUUGCAGCAACUUUCUUUGCGACUCGAAGCCUGGGGAUAAAAUACGAAUAACAGGACCUGCUGGGAAGAUAAUGCUUUUGCCCGAGGAUGACCCAAAAGCCACCCACAUUAUGAUUGCUACAGGCACUGGAGUGGCUCCAUACAGGGGCUACCUCCGGAGGAUGUUCAUGGAGUCUGUCCCGAAGAAGUUUGAAGGCCUUGCAUGGCUUUUCCUUGGGGUUGCCAACACCGACAGCCUGCUGUACGACGAGGAAUUCACCAAGUACCUCCAGGAGUACCCUGAUCACUUCCGGUACGACAAGGCCCUCAGCAGGGAGCAGAAGAACAAGAACGGAGGGAAGAUGUAUGUUCAGGACAAGAUCGAGGAAUACAGUGAUGAAAUAUUCAAGCUGCUGGACAAUGGCGCCCACAUCUAUUUCUGUGGGCUGAAAGGGAUGAUGCCUGGAAUCCAAGACACCCUGAAGAGGGUAGCAGAGGAAAGAGGAGAAAGCUGGGAGGCAAAGCUGUCGCAGCUGAAAAAGAACAAGCAAUGGCAUGUGGAGGUCUACUGA